AUGAUGCCGUUUUCCAAUUCAACCGACCGCGCAUGCCUUUUCAAAUGCCAGACGACGCCGGAGCCCAUCAAGAACCAUCAAGAACGCGUCAUCAGGUGUCAUUUCGCUAUCUAUGCCUUUCUCUUUCUCUCUCUUUCUUUCUCUCUCUCUCUUUCUCUCUCUUUCUUUCUUUCGGGUCUAAAGUUGUCGCAUUUCUUCAGUCAGGUAUGUUGGGUGGCGCGAUUUGACGUUGCAAACUGCACCAUGACUUCAGAAACCAAGGACAAGUCUGGCUUUUCGGUUGCCCUACUGUGGCUAUAUGUCUUCAAUGGCAUCUACUUGGUCUUGGGCUUGACGCUCAUCGGUGUGGCUGCAGCUGCACAGGCCGAAGCCGUGUUGACCGAUUUGACGAUUUUAGGGGGCGUGAUUGCCAUGGGCGUGUUUCUGGUCAUGGUCUCCAUCUUUGGCAUCGUUGGCACAGCACGUCGUAGUCCAUUCCUGCUCUUCCUGUAUAUUCUCUUCAUGGUGCUGCUAUUUGUGAUGCAGUUCAGUAUCGGCGUCGCUGCGCUGUCGGUGUCCCAGACGCAACAGAAGCAGCUCCUCUCGGAGGGCUGGUGCAAGCUCAGUGACGAACGGCAGAUCUGGUUUCAAAACUCGACCAACUGUUAUGGCUUUGAAAAUGCUUCAAAGUAUGAGCCAAACGAUUGCAUGGCCCCUCCACCCCAAAACGCGUCCAAUCCGAAAUGCCCAACACGUUGUGCUGCACCGGAGUGCGGCGUUGAGCCCACGGACACUUUGCCGCGAUGUGAAACCUGCUAUGAUGCUGUCAAAGGACAUCUACUCAUGUCGAACAUGGCCUCAGGUCUGACGGAUCGGUUGCUGCGACGAGGCGGUGGCAUAUGCUUGGCGUUUGCUUUUCUGGAGCUUCUGGGCGUCGUUGCCGCCAUUCGUUAUCGCCGCGACGCUCGGGCCCCAGCGACCUACAAUGCUUUCAUGUAG